AUGAGUGGAGAUUUCAAAACAAGCUUUGCUGCUGACUUUUUAAUGGGCGGUGUAUCUGCCGCUAUUUCAAAAACAGUAGUUGCUCCAAUAGAAAGAGUAAAAAUGUUAAUACAAACCCAAGACUCUAUACCUGAAAUAAAAUCUGGUCAGGUCGAAAGAUAUUCUGGGCUAAUAAACUGCUUUAAAAGAGUAUCACAGGAACAAGGUGUUACAUCAUUGUGGAGAGGGAAUUUAGCAAAUGUUAUUCGAUAUUUCCCAACACAAGCUUUUAAUUUUGCUUUCAAAGAUUAUUUUAAAAAUAUAUUUCCAAGAUAUGAUCAAAAUACAGAAUUUGCGAAAUUUUUUUGUGUUAAUGUAUUAUCAGGAGCAACUGCAGGAGCUAUUUCUUUACUUAUAGUUUAUCCUUUAGAUUUUGCAAGAACAAGGUUAGCAUCAGAUAUAGGAAAAGGAAAAGAUAGGCAAUUUAAUGGAUUAUUUGAUUGCCUAAAAAAAAUAUACAAACAAACGGGAAUUAUAUCAUUAUAUAGUGGCUUUGGUAUUUCAGUUACGGGUAUUAUUGUGUAUAGAGGUUCAUAUUUUGGCUUAUACGAUAGUGCAAAGGCCAUAUUAUUUAAUAAUGAUAAAAAUACAAAUAUUAUUUUGAAAUGGUCAGUUGCACAAUCAGUUACUAUUUUGGCUGGUUUAAUUUCAUACCCAUUUGAUACAGUUAGAAGAAGAAUGAUGAUGAUGUCAGGUAGAAAAGCAAAAGAAGAUAUUCAAUAUAAAAAUACCAUUGAUUGUUGGGUUAAAAUAUUAAAACAUGAAGGUAUUAGAGGAUUUUUCAAAGGAGCAUGGGCUAAUGUUAUUAGAGGAGCUGGUGGAGCUCUUGUUCUCGUUUUUUAUGACGAAUUGCAAAGAUUGCUUUAA